CACACACACACACACACACACACACACACACACACACACACACACACACACACACACACACACACACACACACACACACACAGAAACUGUGUAUGCGCCACAGCAGUUUGUCUCUACUCUAUCCAAAGAAGCAAUGUCUGCAGUGAAGCUGGAGGAGUUCCGAGAGCGGAUUCGUAAAGAACUGGACACCACAGUGGACUUCUGGCUCAAACACUCUCACGACCCUCUGCAUGGAGGCUUCUUCACCUGUUUAGGGAAGGAUGGGAAGGUUUAUGAUGAGUUGAAGUACGUCUGGCUGCAGGGCAGACAGGUUUGGAUGUAUAGUCGUCUGUACAGAACAAUGGAUCGCUUCCGUAGGCCUGAAAUCCUGGAAGCAGCAAAAGCAGGAGGAGCAUUCCUGAGGAGGUUCGCUCGUGUCCCCAGCAGUGGCAGUGGCCAAUGGAAGUGUGCCUUCUGCCUAACUAGAGACGGUAAAGCAGUGAAGAUUCAGAGGACUAUUUUCAGCGAGUGCUUCUACAUUUUGGCCAUGGAUGAACUGAGCAGGGUUACUGGGGACAAGGACAUGCAGCUGGAGGCUGAACAGAUGAUGGAGCAGUUGAUAAGCUGGGUGCGGGUUGACCCGUCUGGCCUGGGCCGGCCCCAGCUUCCUGGAGACGUUCCCACCAACAGCAUGGCAGUUCCCAUGAUGCUGUUGUGUCUGGUGCAGCAGCUCACUGAAGGCCGGGGGGCAGAGGUUGUUCAGAAGUACACAGAGCUGGCCAGCUGGUGUGUGCAGCAGAUUCUACAACACAUCCAGAGAGGAGGCACAGCUAUUUUAGAGAAUGUGUCAGGGAAUGGAGCAGAGCUGCCAGGGUGCCAGGGCCGACUGCAGAACCCAGGCCAUGCCCUGGAAGCCGGCUGGUUCCUGCUUCAGCUCAGCGCCCAGCAGAAGGACGAGGCUCUCCAGAAGACGGCCAUCGACAAGUUCAUGGAGCUCCCCUACCAGUACGGCUGGGAUAAAGAGCAUGGCGGCCUCUUCUACUUCCUGGAUGUUGAUGGUCACUGCCCUACACAGUUGGAGUGGAAUAUGAAGCUGUGGUGGCCCCACUGUGAGGCCCUCAUCGCCUUCCUGAUGGCCUACAGUCACACCAAGAAGCCCGAGCUGCUGCACAGAUUCUCUGAAGUGUUUGAAUACACCUUCAAGCAUUUUCCUGAUGCUCAGGAAGGCGAGUGGUUUGGCUAUUUAACACAAGAAGGGAAAGUGGCGCUGGAUUUCAAAGGAGGCCCCUUUAAAGGGUUCUUCCAUGUGCCUCGCUGCCUGUACAUGUGUGAGCGUAUUCUGGAUGAUAUGCUGGCAAAAAAGGACUGAGCAUUUUGACAUAAUUGUUCACUAAAUCAAACCAAACAAUCAGGUUACGAAGCAAAUUGCACUCAUUUUCAAAUAUGCUUUGCUGAACAGUAAGUUGCUGAUCUCAUUGAAAACAUGCCGGCACAGACCAGCUCAUAAUGUUCAUUUUAAAACUAUAUUACAGAAUUAUUACUGUAAAAAACAAUAGUGUUCGUUAUAUUAUUUCUAGCCACCAGUUGCAGUUUGUUUUGACAUUGUAAGAUACUUUCUGUAAGAUGUUUUUUGCACCUACAUGACUCUUCUCCUAAACGGACUGAGAAGACAUCCUACCAUUUGAGGGACUUAAAUGUCCAAAUUACAGAAGACAAUGAUCCAAGAUGCCUUUUAUGAUGGAAAGAGUAAACACUCCAACAUUCACACACAGUCUGCACAUAGACAAACUCCACAGAGGCUCAUGUCCGCCCUCAUCAUAUACUAAAAAUGAUCAUCAAAAAUGUUUCUGUGUGAAAAUGUGCCUUACAAAUGCUUACUGAAUGCUUAGACCUGCUUUGAAGACCUUUAUGGAAAAUCUAUUCAUUCCAGUUAUUAUAUCCAAUUUAACAACCAAGCUAGAAAUAAAGGGAUGUUUUUUUUUUUAAUCUUAGUUAAACAUAAUUGACGUAUUAUCAAAAUAUUUCAGCUACAGUAACUUAAUGCUAAUGAUGUGCUUAUGUACACGGGCUAAUACAUGUAUGUUAUUUUGUAUUGAAAUAUUACAAUAUUAUAUAAUAAAUGUGAAAUGUGCAAUA